UCUUGUCGUGAAGUUAAAUAAUGCCUCCAGCAGAAAACGAGAGCUUAUAGAUCUAGAAUAGAUGUAGUAAUACCCAGUUUGUAAACUGUUGCCACUGUUGGUAUUAUAGGUCUCAUUUUGUGUGCAUUUUUCUUUGUUGAGGCGUUUAGUUUAGAUAUAGAAGUAUAGCAUAGGUCUAGGUAUAUCAGUAUAUCUAGAUCUAUGAGGCGUAUAUCUUAUAGAUUAUACUUUUAGGGUACACAAACAUACAUGAUACAAUGGAUGUAAAUUUAUAUAAUUUUCAUGUUUUAUAUAGAUCUAGAUCUAAUUAGAUCUAUUUCUAGAUGUAGCUGCCCUAUCAAGUCUAUCCGAGAACUUUUUGGUUACUCAAGUUACUGUGCUUUCAAAGCAUUCCUCUGGCAUUCUUUAAAAUACACCUUUAAAAUUAUCAAUAUACUUUGUUAAUCUUGCAGAUGAAAAUGUUGAAAAUGUUAUUGCUUUUGAUUGUGAUGACACUUUUGCUUAUUGAAAGCCAGGCGUCUGAACAGAUAAUUACUAUUGGUGCAUCUCUCAGCUCAGAAAAAAUGGAAUUUGAGUUCCAACAAGCUGUGAGUCAUUUAAAUGCCAAGUCCAAACAAAGGCAUAUCAAGUUUCAAUCUUCCACUAUUCUUAUGGACAGCAACCCCAUUCGUUCAGCCUUAGAUAUUUGUGACAAGCUCCUUACACAGCAUGUGUUCACAGUGGUAGCAUCACAUCCUAAUUCAACAGACCAUUCACCCAUUUCAGUUUCUUAUACAUGUGGCUAUUACAAAAUACCAGUACUGGGAAUAUCAGCCAGGGACUCUGCCUUUUCAGAUACAAAUGUUCACACAAUGUUUCUGCGCACUGUUCCUCCAUAUUCACAUCAAGCAGAUGUUUGGGUCCAGCUAUUAGUGAACCUUUCUUGGUAUAAAGUAAUAUUUGUUUAUAGUGCUGAUGAAGAAGGGAGAGCUAUACUUAGCAGAUUUCAAACUUUGGCAGAAGAGGUUAACAUCAGAAUUGAGCCUUCUAUAAAAUAUACUCCUGGAGAAAAAAACUAUACAUCAGUACUAGAGCCAAUACUAAAAUGUACUUCAAGAGUUAUAUUAUUAUCAGCAUCGACAGAAGAUGCUGAGAAAAUAUAUCAUGAUGCAGAACUGAUGGGCAUGACAGGGGAAGACUGGGCGUGGAUUGUGUCAGAGCAAGCCUUUGAGGCCUAUAAUAUACCUGUUGGUUUCCUUGGGGUUCAUCUUGUCAAUGGAACCAAUGAAGUCAACCACAUCAAAGAUGCUGUGGAAGUCAUAGGGGAGGCAUUUAUACGCCUGAUGAGUAGUGAUAACAUUUCCAGCCCUCCUACAGGCUGCAAUGAAUCAGAGUCUUGGAGUAAUGGGGAUGAUGUUUACAAUGCCUUGAAAGCCACCAAAAUAGAAGGGGAGACAGGUCAAGUCAGUUUCAAUGAGAAAGGUGAUAGAGUGAAUCCUAUGUAUGAAAUCAUGAACAUCAAUGCCAACAGAAGAGCUAUGUCAGUUGGGCUGUUUGGACACAAGGAUCAGGCAAUUGGUCUGAGAAUGAUGGGCAAUAAUUUAACUUGGCCUGGCAAUGUUCAUGUCAAACCUAAAGGUGAAAAGAUAUCACGAAAUCUUACGAUAGUAACUUUGGUGGAGAAACCAUUUGUGGAAGUCACUCCUUUACCUAAAGAUGGUGUUUGUCGACCUGUAUAUCCAGCAAAACAUGCCUUUCCAUGCAAAAAUGGGACUCAAGAUCUAUGCUGUAUGGGUUAUUGUAUGGACAUGUUGGCCAAGAUAUCCAAAGAUGUUCAGUUUAAUUUUACAAUUCAUUUGAGUAAAGAUGGACUAUUUGGAUCCUUUGAAAGGCACAAUUCUUCAGAUAAAAAAUAUUGGAAUGGUAUGAUGGGAGAACUAAUGAGACAGGAAGCUGACUUGAUUGUUGCCCCUUUGACAAUCAAUCCAGAAAGAGCAAAUGAUAUAGAUUUCACAAAGCCUUUCAAAUAUCAGGGCCUCAAUAUUCUGGUUAGAAAGACACAAAAAGAUUCUAGUCUUGCUUCUUUCUUACAACCCUUCCAAGAUACUCUUUGGAUUCUUGUUGGUCUCUCGGUACAUGUUGUUGCGCUUGUGCUUUAUCUAUUGGAUCGAUUCUCCCCCUUUGGUCGCUUCAAACUGGCAAAAAGUGAUGACACUGAAGAGGAUGCUCUUAAUUUGUCAAGUGCAAUGUGGUUCUCAUGGGGUGUGCUCCUCAACAGUGGUAUAGGAGAAGGGACACCUCGCAGCUUUAGUGCUAGAGUUCUUGGCAUGGUGUGGGCAGGCUUUGCAAUGAUCAUUGUAGCUUCAUAUACUGCCAAUCUUGCUGCUUUCCUCGUGCUGGACAGACCUGAAGCCCUUAUUUCUGGGAUAGAUGAUCCAAGGUUACGAAAUCCCAAUGAGAAAUUCAAGUAUGCUACAGUGAAAGGAAGUGCUGUGGAAAUGUAUUUUAAGAGACAAGUAGAGCUCUCCACUAUGUAUAGAAACAUGGAGAAUCAAAAGAAGUAUUACACAGCAGAAGCUGCUAUUGCAGACAUUCGAUUAGGAGAGCUGCAGGCUUUUAUCUGGGAUUCCCCUAGACUAGAGUAUGAGGCAUCUAAUGAUUGUGAUUUAACAACAGCUGGUGAUCUAUUUGGAAGGUCUGGACUUGGUAUAGGUCUACCAAAAAAUAGUCCCUGGACUCAUGAUGUUUCUAUGGCUGUUUUGAGGAUGCAUGAAAGUGGUUUUAUGGAACAGUUGGAUAACAGCUGGAUCUUGGUGGAUAGCAAGUCUAAUUGUCCUGAAAGUAAUUCUGCACCUGCCACAUUGGGCUUAACAAAUAUGGCAGGUGUCUUUAUGAUGGUCGCUGGAGGAAUAGUAGCUGGUAUCUUAUUGAUCUUCAUAGAAAUUGCCUACAAAAGACACAGAGGACUGAAAGAAAAAGAAUUAGAGCUGGCUCGCAAUGCUGCAGACAGAUGGCGAGGAAAUAUUGAGAAACGGAGAACUUUAAGACAAACUCUACAGAAGCAGAAAGAAGAACAACUGAAAGCUAAUUCUGUUCAAAAACAACCAGUCAAAGCACCAUCUCAUUCUACUGCAGUUAACUCUGUGGCACCUAAAAUGAAUAGCAACAAUACAGGUACAAAAACCGUGAUCCCUCCUCCAUAUCGACGCCCGUCUCUUUUAGAAGCGACUAGGGAAAGAGACUGUUUGCCUCCCCCACCACCCAUGGACUAUCCAGCACCAAGCUAUGUACCUGCUCGAUCAGGGCGUACAGUUACAUGGCAUAAUCCAUCCCACAGUACAGAUAAUUUGGUUUGAUACCUUCAGAACUGAUAUUUUUUAAUGUGAUAAUCUAGCCAGAUACAGAAUUAAGCUUUCUCUCUUCUUCCAACAUUGCAUUUUUGUCUCUUCUUGUUAAUAGUUAAUCAUGUUGAAUUAUUUCUUUUUUAAUGUUUAAUAUAAUAUGACAUUCUGUGUUGUGCAUAGACCUAUUUUAGCGAUAUAGCGGUGUUGUAAAAUAUUAUGUGACAAAACAAAUUUCAGUAUAUUCAUCUUAUAGUAUCAGGGUAUUUUGAACAUGCAGUCUUGAAAUAUGCCAUUUGUCUUAGUUUUCUGUCUAGUUAUCUAAAUAUAUGGACUUACAUAGAAUAUAGGCUGUUGCAUGUUAAUCUGUAAACAUACAUGAUAAUAAGAGAAUGCUUACAAUUUUCUGAAUAGAUAUUUGAAAAUGAAAGCAUCAAUGAUUUGGAUAAGUCCAUUAUAUUUCCAGUUCUUGUUUAAUGUGUGUAUUUAGAACAGAUCUUAAGGUUUCCUAGUAUUACUAUCAUGAAUCUUCUUAUGAUAAUGUUAAAUAGCAAUAAAGUUAGUUAAUGAAUUAGAUCAAUGUUCUGAAUUCAAUCUAUACUGGAGUUAUCUGUAAAACCCUUGUAUUAGUGAUCACCUCAAUGUUCAAAGAUUUACAUAUUGUGAUAACUACUGAACUUUUUUUUUAUGUGGAUGUCUAUAUAUGUUAUACUCAGCUUUAAUAAUUGUGCAAUAUUUUGUAAAUUUUAUAGUUUUAUUUUCAAUUAUUAAUUUUUACAAGUUUUAAAGAAUCAACAGUAACUUUUUUUUUCAUCAAUCUUUUGUAUAUUUUGUAUUUAUCUCAUUACUUUUUUCUAUGUUUCGUGUAUGUUUUUGGUAAGAAAUAUUUAAAUUAAAAUAAUUUAUAUUUUUAUUCUUGAUCUGUUAAAUAACUUUUAUUUGUCUGCUUUAUUUUUAUAUAGCUCAACUAAAUUGUGAUUGUGUGAUUUUAUUUUGAUUCAUUUGAUUCUAAAGGUAAAUUUACUAGACUUAAUUUUCCUUUUGAAAAAUUUCUUACAAGACAUAGUUAAUAAACAAAUUGUAAUUGAAAGUAUUAUCCUUCACCAUUUCUUUUGAAGUAUGGGAUGUGUUAUACUUCUAUCAAAUGUAAAUUAAGAAGUUUUUUGUUGUUUUUUUUUACUAGUCAAAUAAGUAAAAAUCUAUGAUCAUGA